AUGGUGUACUAUUUCCAGUCCACCGCGGUUGAUCCGCCUGCAUACAUCUACGUAGGCAAGGAUAAAGUUGAGAACGAAGAUCUGAUCAAGUUCGGCUGGGAUGAGGAUUUUCAUGUGGAUAAUCUUUCCAGCGCGCAUGUUUACCUGCGACUAAAGGCUGGCGAGUCGUGGACGGCCAUUCCUCAAGCCCUCCUGGAGGACUGCGCCCAAUUAACGAAGGCAAAUUCCAUCGAAGGUAACAAGAAGGACAAUGUCACGGUCAUCUACACGCCAUGGUCGAAUUUGCGAAAGGACGCCUCCAUGAGCACAGGCCAGGUCGGGUUUCACGACUCCAAAAAGGUCAAGAAGGUCCACGUGGCCGAACGACAGAACCCCAUUGUGAACCGGUUAAACAAGACGAGGGUGGAAAGAGUCCCUGAUCUGCGAGCCGAGCGAGAAGCGGAUCAGAAGCAGAAGCGGAAGGCUGAGAGGAUCCAACGGGAGCAGCAGAAGGCCAAAGAACGGGAGGAAAAGCGGAAACGGGAAGAGUUAAGGUGGCAGAAAGAUCAUGCUUACGACGAUCUGAUGCGGGAAGAGGAGAUGGUGAGCAAUCAAGAUCUUGAUGCCAGGUUCUACGAGGAGGAAUUCAUGUAG